CCCCCUCCCCGCUACCCCUCACCCUGCUCGCCAGCAGAAGACUUUAUCUCGCUCUCUCUCUUCUCUCAACGCCGAAGGAACUAAUUAAUGUGAGCGGCUGGACUAGCGAGGCGACGGAUGGAAGAAUGUUUUGAAGAAGGGGGGGAGCCGUUCUCUCCUGUGUGAUCCUAUCUGACACCCCCCGUCUCCCUCUGUCUCUCUCCCCUGUGUGUGCGAGAGGGUGAGCCGCUGGAGAAGGCUCGGGAAGAAGCUGUAACACUUUGAUAGUGACCAUGACGCGCUGGGCUGCACCGCCGUCUCGGGGAAUUCUGUGGAGGAUUCUGUGGCUCUCCUGCAGUUUGCAAAACUGUUUCUGGGUCUUAGGCUGUCCGGGAAACUGUAAGUGUAAGAUCAGCCAGAUUUACUGCAACCAACCUGACAAUGUCACCAUCUUCCCCGUCUUGGACCUGCAAGAGAUGGCGAACGUCACCGAGAUCCACAUUGAGAAUCAGAAAAGCCUACAGACUUUGAAUGCGUUGGACAUGGAACCUUACAUUGGACUGCAGAAUUUGACCAUCAUAAAUUCUGGAUUACGGUCGAUUGCACCAAGAGCCUUUGCCAAAAACCCUCACCUUCACUACAUUAAUCUCUCGGGCAAUCGCCUCAUCAGCUUGUCUUGGCAGCCAUUCAGGACUCUUCGACUCUCGCAGUUGGUUUUGGUGAGGAACUUGUUCAACUGCAGCUGUGACAUCCGCUGGAUCCAGCUGUGGCAGGAUGCGGGUGAAGCACAGCUGGGGCAUCAGCUGCUCUACUGCCGGACGGAGACGACUACCAUCCUCCUCUCCCACAUGAACGUCACGCAGUGCGAGUUGCCAGAAAUCAGCGUGAGUCACAGUAACUUAUUGGUGAAGGCCGGAGAGGAUGCGGUGGUGACUUGUAAUGGAUCAGGUUCUCCUCUCCCUGAUGUGGAUUGGAAUGUCACGCACGUCCACUCCAUUGGUAUCCACCAGACCAACAACAACCUGACCACGGUCUCAGCUGUGAACCUGACCCUAUUUAACAUCGACCCAGAGGACAACGGCAAGCUUCUGACAUGCAUCGCGGAGAACGUGGUGGGGAUGACGAACGCCUCGGUGCUCCUGCACGUUCACUAUGCUCCUGAUAUUGUGGAGCUGACAGAGCCCGAACAGCGACACAUGCACUGCAUUCAGUUCACCGUCUAUGGGAACCCCCUGCCCACCAUUCACUGGCAGCACCAGGGCCGCAAGCUGAACGAGACGGACUACAUCAAGACCAACGUGUACGAGGACACCAAGGACUGGCUGCAUGGCUGCCUGCUCUUCGACAAGCCCACGCACUACAACAACGGCAACUACACACUCGUGGCUGAGAACGAGCUGGGCAUCGACACGGACACCGUCUAUGCUCACUUCCUGGGCGUGCCCUUCCCCGAAAUUCUGGAGAAUCCCUUUUAUGUGCCAUCGUUUGAGGUGACGACAGGUCCUCCUGUCAGUGUGACACACAAGCCUGAGGGAGAUACUUUUGCCGUCUCCAUCGCCGUUGGACUGGCUGCCUUUGGCUGCUUCCUCCUGCUCAUCCUCUUCAUCAUGUUCAACAAAUAUGGACGCCGAUCCAAGUAUGGAAUGAAGGGCCCAGUGGCUGUGAUGAGCGGCGAGGAAGAUUCCGGAAGCCCCCUCCACCACAUCAACCACGGGAUAAUCACGCCCUCGUCUAUGGACAUUGGACCUGACGCCGUGGUGAUCGGGAUGACCCGCAUCCCAGUGAUUGAAAACCCCCAGUAUUUCCGACAGACCCACAGCCUGGGCAAGCACCCGGAGACAUAUGUACAGCACAUCAAGCGAAGGGACAUCGUUCUGAAGCGAGAGCUGGGCGAGGGAGCGUUUGGGAAGGUUUUCCUGGCUGAGUGUUACAAUCUGAGCCCAACCAAGGACAACAUGCUGGUGGCCGUAAAGACAUUGAAGGAUGCCACUGUGUCAGCGCGGAAAGACUUUCAGCGGGAGGCCGAGCUGCUCACCAACCUGCGGCACGAACACAUCGUGAAGUUUUACGGAGUGUGUGUGGACGGUGACCCUCUCAUCAUGGUCUUCGAAUACAUGAAGAACGGAGACUUGAACAAGUUCCUGAGGGCCCGCGGUCCGGACGCCAUGAUUCUGGUGGACGGACAGCCACGGAUGAAGGGGGAGAUGACCAUUGCCCAGAUGUUGAACAUCGCCUCGCAGAUCGCCUCGGGCAUGGUGUACCUCGGCUCACAACACUUUGUACACAGGGACCUGGCCACUCGCAACUGCCUGGUCGGAGGGACCGUGCAGGUCAAGAUCGGAGACUUUGGAAUGUCAAGAGAUGUCUACAGUACCGACUAUUACAGGGUUGGUGGUCACACCAUGCUUCCCAUCCGCUGGAUGCCUCCUGAGAGCAUCAUGUAUCGUAAGUUCACCACUGAGAGCGACGUCUGGAGCUUCGGAGUCAUCCUGUGGGAGAUCUUCACCUACGGCAAACAGCCCUGGUUCCAGCUUUCCAAUAAUGAGGUGAUUGAAUGCAUCACGCAGGGACGCGUACUGGAAAGGCCGAGGGUUUGUCCCAAGGAGGUCUAUGACAUCAUGCUGAGGUGCUGGCAGAGGGAACCCCAGCAGAGGUUAAGCAUCAAAGACAUUCAUCAGAUCCUGCAAGGUCUGGGCAAGACCUCGCCCAUCUACCUGGAUAUUCUAGGGUAGUGGACCAAGUGUCUCGGCCCCUCCUGAAUGUACCUAAUCCCAACAGUAAACUACGGCUUCAUUUGGGAAAUUCAAAAAGUGAAGUGCCUGCUGUAUAUAAAAUGUACAGUUGUUUCUGAGGCGAUUUUCCUGGUACCUGCACACAGAAGGUUGCUGCAAGGAAGAGGAGUUUGGGUUCCAAACAGCAUCACUCCAGACCUGUGAAACCUUGGCACACCUCGCCCCCCCCCCCCCUGUCAAUGUGCUCAAGGCCUGUGCAAAGUCCACCAACCCAUUGAGUUCACCCAACCACCAAGCUCGGAGUGUUUGAACUGGGCACGCGGCCUGAUGUUACUCAACAUCAACUCCCUCUUUGUUCUCAUGCUUCAUCUGGUGAGCAGGUCUGGUGUGCAGCUCGUCUCCCGUCGGAAGGGGGG